UCCCCAGCAGAGGAGCGUGGAGCUGGAGGUCAGAGACGCGAUGAAAACACGACUUCCGUCCUUUUUAAAGCUAGAAUCGAGAGUUUCCACGUAGAAUCUUCGCUGUGGACACUUCCGACCCGCAGAGACAACCCUCCGUGUCCGUGUCCCCGGGUCCUGCGUCGUGUCGUCGCGGAUUCCCCGAGUUACACCAGCUAACGUCAGCUAGCCGAGCCGGUGCUAGCUAGCUUAGCUCCUUCCUGGCUCCAGGCUGCUCCCGGUGACCCCCGGAGCUUCACGCCGUUCUAACCAUGGACAACAACCCGUCCGGACCCGGGGGGUCGAAGGGAGGCCUCGGGGGUCUCUUCGGUGGGGGGGCCCCUGAGUACUCCAACACGGAGCUCGCCGGUGUCCCGUUGACGGGGAUGAGCCCUCUGUCCCCGUACCUCAAUGUCGACCCUCGUUUCCUGGUUCAGGACACAGAUGAGUUCAUUCUUCCCACGGGCGCCAAUAAAACCAGAGGAAGGUUUGAACUGGCUUUCUUCACCAUCGGAGGCUCCUGCAUAACCGGAGCAGCAUUCGGAACUGUGAACGGUUUCAGGAUGGGCCUGAAGGAGACCAGAGACAUGGCCUGGUCCAAACCUCGUAAUGUGCAGAUCCUGAACAUGGUGACCAGGCAGGGGGCUUCAUGGGCCAACUCGCUCGGCUCUGUUGCGUUGUUGUACAGUGUGUUUGGCGUGGCGAUAGAGAAAGCCAGGGGAGCAGAAGAUGACGUCAACACAGUGGCUGCUGGGACGUUAACUGGAAUGCUCUUUAAAUCAGGAAGUGGAUUAAAGGCUGUCGCCCGUGGAGGCCUGGCGGGUUUGGCCUUAUCUAGUGCCUACGCUCUCUACAACAACUGGGACCGCAUCACCGGAUCCCCCACAUCCUCCAGGCUGUACUAACCUUCCUCCCACACAUCUGCUUCAACGCCAGGGCCAAACCUCUCUCCAGGACACAGCCUUUCACCACAGCGCUAAGAGGAAUUAGACUCUGGUCAAAUGCAGUGUGCUUUCCAGUGUGAGGUGGCCCCAGUUCGCUGGUUUUCCACCAAUCGUCCGCUUCCCUUUUCCUGGAGCAUUCUGGGAAUUCAAAAAAUGUGUCUUACAAAGACGUCAUAAAAAUGUGGACUACAUUCCACCGGAGAUCCAGAUGUAGACCCCCCCCGACAGCACCUCUCCCCUCAUCUGUCUCUAAUCCUCUGAGGAUGUUACAGAGGUGUGUCAUCUCUUUAUCUUAUCGUUCAUCGGAGACUUUGCAGUCUUCUCUGAUGCUAGUGUUGAAAUGAGUGAACCCAUGACCUGUGGGUUGAACGAGCCAAUUAUUAGUUUGUAAAUGAAUUGUGACAUCUGGUGUGUGUUUCACCGGAUGAAUUUCAGUGGAUCCAUGUUCCGCAUGUCGGACUGAACGACUCUUCUAACGUGCAAACACAGAACAAAGCCUUACGGUCAGUUCUCCUCUGGUAUUUAUUAAAGAGUAUCUGCGGUGGGGUUUGUUUUACUGAGCAAAGAGUAAACCACUGUAACGCUGUACUGGGAGUGUGUGUUGAUCCUGUGUCUCCAUCCAACACACUGUAUAAACACAAAUAAAGAAAAAAAGGAAAUGUUCACCAAA